UCCGCCAACGACGGGGGAGGGUCAACCGAGGAUCGACGACGGGGGAGCUUUCUGUACUACGUCGGAGCGGGCGACGCACUAUCAGCAUUCUGCAUUACUUCAUGACGACUGCGGAGGGACUACAAAUCCUCUGCAGCGGGCGGCACACGACGGGUAACUCUACCUCGGGUGUCCUCACAACUAACCGUCGCAGUGGCUCACUUCUUCCUACCGCGGUGACGAAUAAGUCCCCUCAGGGGCAACCUGGCAUCCCUUGGCCACGGCGGCUUCGGCUGCCCACCCUUGGGUAGUCAGAACGUCACAAAACUAAGAUCCAGCGGCAGACCACAACUAAGUCAACACGUCGACCGAUCUACAGAGCCACUGUAAAAAGCAGCGAAGACGACAAAGGACACUCGUGAGUAGACCUGCUGAGGGGGUCGCAUACCAGCCGAAAGAGACAACCGGCUACAACUACCUGGAAAGUUGAAGCGUUGCAAACCAUCGGCAGGCAGCACCUAGUCCCAGCGAAAAUCUUUCCUAUGGUUAGCUUACACAGAGAGAGUAGCUUAGUAGUUAGAAGCUGACUGUAGAGUUUAUUCCUCCUCCUCCUCAGUUGUAAAAAGAUAAACGAAAUUGAUAUUAGGAGCAAAGUGGUCGUGUAUGAGCAGCAACUUGUGAAAUAAACUUUUUUCAAUCCUUCACAAAUCAAAGUAUAAGCAAAGAUGGCGAUGAAACUCCCACCUGAUUUCGUGAUCCAGAGGCGGGUGAAGGAAAACACGAAAUAUUAUCAAAAGCAGAAAUCCCCCCUCGCCCUCCCCAUAUCGAAAAGGAAGUUUGUAAUGCUGGAUUUGCGUACACAAAUCAGAUUCGUCUUGCAGUAGAGGACUGCACGCUUAUGCCAACCCUGGGAAGCAAGGUUUUGACAAGGGCGUCUAGCAUGACAAAUUUCCACGCUGUCGGCCCAACAGCAUCACAAACCGCCUGCGUAAUGCGGCGCAACCUGUGGACUUGCCUUCUUGCAAGACAGAGACGAUUUGUGGUCACCAAUCAGCAUUGCAGACUUUCUGUGGCUUUCUUUUCGAUAUGGGAUUUUUCCAUUUGAUAAAUAUGCGGAGGCCAGCGAGUAUUGCUCGAAAAUGGUCAAGAUCGCCGGGGAGACUGCUAUGCAUUGCAAAAAGACGGUUCGCACUACUUGUAGAGGAAAUUGCAUUGCAAAUUCUGAGAAAGUAGAAAGGAAUUUGCAUUGCUGAUCCAGCUAGAGAAAAAAUAUCUGUCAUGCAAGAUCGCAAUUAGAAGUUGUACGAGAAAGAGUGCGAUGCGGCUUUUGCAAUGCACAAUUUGGUGGUUUGAACAGAAGGUGAAGUUCGACUUCGAAGACAACCAGAAGAGGGAAACGGAGUACUAGAGUUUUUUGAAUUUGUCAUGCAGAAACGUGCAUUACAUCUCAGACUUUGUCAUGCAAAGAAACGCAUGACAAAUCGAUCCUUACCGAAAAAAAAAACAAUAUCAGGGCCAUCAACGAGGAGCUGGAACAGGCCAACAUCGAGUUGAAAAUAUGGUGGGGGAAAGAACUUUGCUGUUGCGUUUGUAGUUCUUCACUUUGUCAUGCAUAGAUCUCUAUGGGGAAUGUUUUUUGUGUAUGCAUUUUGUGCAUGAGAAACUAUCGCAUGGGUAUGCUUUCAUCCUAUGUUGCAUGACAAACUCAACAAGUCCUUUCCCCCACCAUACCCGAAGCGCCGACGAAACCGAAUGAAGCUUCUCUACGAGAACGAGGCGUAUCAACUGCAAAAGAAUCGCACUCGCUCUAAUUGCAAAUAUGCAUGACAAAUCUUCUUCCUUCUAGGGUGAAACAGCAUGACACAUUCCAUUGCUAAUGCUGAGGAAGUUUGUGAUGCAAUUCAUACUAGCACGAUGCUUUUGCAAUGCAUAAGGCGCGCACGUGGGAAGCAGAGUUGCGAGAACUCGGGCUGGCAGUCAUCCGGCAGAUGGCGUAAGGGGAUGAAGUAAAGGAAGUUUUCAACAAACUUUACAGAACAGCGAACCGUUUGAGAGCACAGGUAGAAGAGUUACUCGUUUUGUGUAAUCGAAAGUUUGCCGAUCAGAGCCAGCUAAGCUUUCACUUCAUUGUGAUCGUAACUUUAUCGGACUAGUUUGAUAUCUCGCAGAGCCAACCGUUUUAAUACUACUCAGAUUUAUUGACAAAUUUCAAUACACCGACAACCGUUUUAACAGAUUAUGACACAGAUUAUUCACGGCAGGAGCAAAACCUUAUUAGCAAACCGUUUUAACAGAUUAUGACAGAUUAGUAUCAAGACAGACGAGACAGAGACAGAAUUUGGAUUCUACUUGUUUACGGACCCAGAAGCUUUACUAGGACUAUGACUAUGGGGUGAAGAUCUUCAGACACUCUUGUGACGUUGCACAGAGCCGCAAGUCCGACAGCUUUUGAAGAUUUUGUUAAUGCGCAGGAGUAGACCACGACAACUUUGAGGACUUGUUGAAAAUUUUAUCACACUGUACAGAGCGAAAUCCAACAAGAUUAGAAGUUAUCAACCAAAAUAAGGCAUUGCUGCCUGCUUCUGCGGUAUCCAACCAUGUGUUUGGCAUGAUGGCCCCGUUCUUUCUAGUCCCCGCACAACUUCUGGCAAGCCUCGAGAAAAAUCUUACUCCAAGUACCGAAAUAAACGCCCUCAUACGCAACCCAC